CGUCGAGUUACCCGAAGCCAGUUUGAUAUCUGCGCUAUUCGAACGUACCGAUUCUCAUGCGUUAAGCACUAAAACUUUUCAUACAUGUACAAUACAGUGAUUGUGGAAUUACGACACUAUAGCUACACGUUUUCAUCAAUUUUUCAAUAUAUGUACAUCUCGGCUAGUUAAUGAUAUUGUCUACGAAACCUCUGCAGUCAUUCUGUAUGAAUUUGAAAGCGAUUAAACUGAGUUUUCAAGGAGAUAAGAAAAGGAAGACUGAACUCAGUCCUGUGGGUCGAAAAUCGGUCAGCGUGAAAAUCACGACUCCAAAAGAUCAAGUCGCUGAACUGCUUUUCGAAAACUGUACUGAGUGCAAGAGAAUUAUGUCUGCUGUACCACAGGGAGUAUUUGCGGCGCGAAAAGUCCGCGAAAACAAGGAAAGAAUCUGGUUGAUUUCAGAGAUGAACGCUACGGAAGGUGGAAACGAGAAUAAGGGGAACUAUCACUCGUACACUAAUGCCAAGCCGAUCAAUCAAAGCACCGAGUUAACACCGCUCAAGUACAAUAGCAAAUUGAUGAACAGCAUAUGGGGCUUGUACAAUCGCUAUUCGGUGCACAAUUUCAAAAAAAAUACCGAUUCUAAGGAUGGACUCUCUUCGACGGGCUGGCGAGCACCCUUAGGCCCUUUAGCUCCCCAGAAUCCCGUCACACCCCGUAUGAAUGGCUGCUAGUUGUAGUGCCCUAGGGCUUCAUUUUAUUCGGUAACUCCCAGUUAUCCGCGAAUUCACUUUGCACAGGCUCGUUCGAAGUAUCGCAUAUAAAAGUGUCGUAAUUAUUUUCAAUUCAAAUAUUCCAACGAAUCAUACGCGAUAACAUAAUCGGAUUUGUAGGAAAUAAUUGAAUCUCAGCGAUACUACAAUUAUUAUUUGAUGAACAAAUUACUACGUAGAACUGAGCCUGUGCAAUAGAAGUACGCAGAUUAUUCAAAUAUAUGUAACGUGGAGGAGCUCUUUAAGUAGAAUUUCAUGUAUAAUAACCGUUCGUACAUCUCCGUUCAAACGAUAUUGUGAUUAUACCAAAGUGAUCAGUACCGGAGUCUCACUCCGAUACCAUAACGAAUUGUAUACAAUUACACCAAAAAAUACACAUAUUUUCUAUAUA